GAACGGCGGACCGUGAUGGCAAUGGGCUCGGAGCGCGGCGCAUGCGCUCAGUGCCGCGUUACGAUGGUCGAUCAGAACGAAAUAGAAAUGUCGCGUGUGCCAAUUCUCGUGAUUUUGGGCUCGACGGGCUGCGGAAAAUCGCGUCUGAGCAUCGAACUCGCUCGCCGUUUUUCCGGGGAGAUUAUCUCGGCCGACAGCAUGCAGGUGUACAAAGGGCUGGACAUCGUUACCGCAAAAGUGACUCCAGCAGAGAAACAAAUGGCGCCACAUCAUAUGCUGGACAUUGUGGAUCCGUUGACUAAUUUCAAAGUGAUAGACUUCAGGGAUAUGGCUUUACCAAUUAUAGACAACCUGCUGGCCAGGAGGUGCCUGCCCAUCAUCGUCGGCGGUACUAACUAUUACAUAGAAUCUCUGCUAUGGGAGAUCCUUCUGACCGAUCCGAAGACCAUCUCAUCGACGCUAACCGACCCGGCCGCGACCAAUCCGAUCGAGAGUAGAUCGGACGAUCGAUAUAACAUACGAGCCGACUGGCAGAAUGACGACGACGAGGAUGAUGCGACGACGCCGGCGAAGAGGUCAAAAUUCGACACGAGAAUGUGCGACGACAGCAACGAAGAGCUCCAUCGGAAACUGAUGGAGAUCGAUCCGGAGAUGGCGCGUACGCUGCAUCCCAACAACCGGCGGAAAGUCAUAAGAUCCUUGGAGGUUUUCUACAGACAUGGAAAAAGGCAUUCCGAACUGCUGAAGAACCAACGUAUCGCUGGUGGCUCCGGAUUAGGAGGACCCCUGAGAUAUCCGAACUCCAUUAUCCUGUGGCUACGCUGUAACGCGAAGGUGCUCGACGACAGGCUGGACAGCAGAGUCGAUGAUAUGCUGCAAGCCGGUUUGGUGCAGGAAUUACUCGACUUUCAUCGUAGAUACAACGAGCAGCGGAUGAAGUCUAACACGUCAGCCGAUUACACGAAAGGCAUCUUCCAGACCAUCGGCUUCAAGGAGUUCCACGCUUACCUCAUAUUGCCCGAGGAGGAGCGCGCGAGCGAGAAGGGAAAACAGUUAUUGCAGCAAGGGCUCGAUAAUUUAAAACUGUACACUAAGCGAUACUCGAGGAAGCAGACCAAAUGGGUAAUGAACAGACUGAUCCGCCGUGGUGAUCGACAGGUCCCCCCUGUUUAUUCUUUAGAUUGCACCGACGUGACGAAAUGGGACAGCCGCGUCUUAGAACCUGCGGCAGCGAUCAUUUCCGCGAUAUUGCGCGGUGAGAAACCCAAACAGCGACCGCUCAAUGAGAACAUCGAGAACCAAAAGAUCACCGACAGUAGUACGAACGUGUAUAAUUACUGCGAGGUAUGCGGGAAAAUAUUUGUUGAAGAGAAUCAAUGGCAGGCGCAUUUGAAAGGCGGAAAGCACAAACGAGCUUUAAAAAGGAAGGAAAAGCAAGCCCAGAAAACGCAAAUAGAUACAUCAGAAAACUUGUGACACAUAUCUGUUUCCUUGUAAACAAUGCGCGAACAUUCGUUUGCAUUUCUAUCAAGUCUGUGAUUAUACUUGGCAUUGCUAAUUAUUUUACUAAUACUCAUUGAUGUAAAUUCGUUGAAACAUAAACUCAUAUUCGUAAC